GGUCGAAGUACAAGCUCUAGUUUUCUUGGCCUUCCCUACCGAGAACGUGUUGCUCGUCAAGCAUUGCUACGGAUUCUGCGUGCCACAAGAUUUGCGUACAGACGAGACGAGAAAGAGCAAGUGGGGCCUUCUUCUUCAACUCCAGGACCUCCUCCGACGGGCAAGAUGAAACCAAUCUUCCCUGAAGCGGCUACGGGCAGACACCUCGACACAGCAGGUCAGGCCAUUGGCGACAUCAGCUCUGCACUUUGCCUGGCUUCAAAACACUUGUUCAGUUUGAAACGAGUGCACGACAAGGCGUCGGCUACUAUUCGAUCGAGUACGCAAGCGAUGUUCCUGGCUGCUGACGCAGCCUGGUUAGAGCACUUACUAUUUCAUCAGCGUAGAGCAUUGGAUGUUGUCGGACUAGACAACAGGGGUUUGAGGGAGAUAAUGCGUGACUGGCGACGCAAGUUCAACCUGGAGCUGCCGGUGACUAAGGUUAUGGCUAGUGUUGUCAAAAAAUGCACCUGCGCCAGGACCAGCCAGUAACAGUAUCUACUAAAUGAAUAAAACUACAAUCCAUCGAGAAGAUCAUGAUUAACGAAUACGUUCAUGCACAUCCGUGAAAAGACGAGUCAACACCUCUAAAACCGCCGAAAAGAAAUACCUCGUAAACCUGCUCUGGAGGAUAGAAGAGCUUUUCCCGAACCUGCUGGCGUGGCAAGGGCAAGAGUACGCUGUCGCUCUUCGACUGUCCCAAGCUGGCGGCCUGGGCAACGCUGGUGAGCUCUUGAUGAGCGUCAUGGAUAGAACGCAGAUUCGGGAAGGCAAUGACCAAACGUGGACACAGGGGUUGUCGGUACUGCUUUCACUUUUGUGACAUGGUGUAGUGGUUGUUAGAUCGUAGGUCGUGGCAGUCGUGGUUGUGAAAGAUACAGAAUCUACUUGAAUGAUGUGGCCGAACAGAGGAAUGCUGGUCGUAAACUCCACUCAUCCUGAUGCCCUUGUUCAUCUAUUUCUCACAAAAUCUCGUCUCUCCUUCUUCAACCGUACAACCCUCAGCUCGAAGCCGUAUCAAUGACUGCACAAAUGGCGAUAACCAACAGCAAGAUGAUCGGGAGUGCUCUCAACGUAGCCACGAUGUUGACUCGCUUAGUGAGGACAGUUCGAAGAUUUCAAGUCUGGAAGGCCUCGUUGGAUGCACCCGACCAUGGGAGCGGGACUAAAAAUGCCGACAGUAGUACUAGAAGCCGCAAUCUAGCCAGUGCCAGAACGAAAAAAGCCGUCAACAACAAGGGUCCUCUUACUGAGAUGAAGUUGCAGGAUAAGAUCGCAAGUACUUUCUCCGAAAUAGUCUCGCGUGAGGUACCUGACUUGCGUUGUAGAGCACAGAAGUACGAUAACCCUAGCAGAUUCGUCCACGGCUGUGCGCUCGAAGACAUCAAAAACGCGAUUCGCUCUAUGCUCUACGUCUGCCAGUACCCCCAUGACGGGUCGUCGAUGCUUUUACUCCUUCAUGGUAGUCUGGAAUUGGUAUAUCACGUGACAGCGGUCUUGAAGUUGCAUGAGGCGAAUCUGCGUGAGAAUUUUUUCCUGAACUUUAGUUUGAUCAUGGGUCUGCUAGUGGACUACGGGAUUCAGGUGGGAACGCUGGUGAAGUUGAAAGUUAUGGUAUCUUCAUCCUAGUAGAAGUAGAACCGAAAUGAAAGUCAAAGUAAAAAAAGUCUAACUACUUACUACCCAAAGCUCUCAAUCUCAUAUUCAUCUGACUGGAAGAGAAAGAGUGUUUCUACCGCUAAAGACCGCCCCGAGACCGAAAACGAAGAGAAUCGUCGGGACCAAAUCAGCAUAAAGCGACGUGGCAAAGGACUCCAUGAUUCCGCUUUGGCUUCAUCUGCUGAUGUUGACGUUCAACACAAAGCUGUCAGCAGAAGCGUAGCAACACAUGAUAAAAAACUAGUAGAAACAUUGCCUAUUAAAAAUAGUCCUGAACCUAGUGCUGGUUCAUCACCAUCAUCUUCUUCUUCACAUCAUUUUCCAGCAGGCUCAAGCAGAAGCAGUAGCAGUAAUGAACAACAACAAGGGACGAGUAGUAAGUUUAGUCAUUGUGGCCAUUCUUGGCUUGGCGGCCUUGUCUCUUGGGACUGCAUUGGCUCCAACGAGUACGGGAAAAUAACCAAACUCUACUCAGACCAGGACUACGAUAUGGAAGUCCAAUUCUCCAAUGGUCGAGUUCGAUACCUAACUUUCGCCGAGAUUCAGUUGGAUCAUAGCGUGAGGCUGACGUCUUCAGGCAUGUGUGAGGCCCAGCAAUUCGUUUUUGCACAGGAGUGGGCAGGGAAAGCAUUUUUGAAAACAAGGCAAGCAACUGUUAUGGCGAAAGAGCAAUGCCAAUCCUAUUCUACAACUAGAUAGAAAGAACAUCUACAUUCUGUUGCUGUUUCAUUUCAAAACAUACAACUUCUAUUAACUAGCUACAACGCACAUCCAUUAAUUAUCAUCUAAGUCAGGUGCUGCAGCAGCGACGUGGACCGUGGCCCCAAAUGCGGUAGGUCACGCGCUAAACUUAGGAGGUUAUCCGGAUGGGUGA